UUGCACGACGGUGAGCAAGAAAAUAAUGAGCUAUGCAGAAAACUCACCAAACCAGCCAUUGCGAGAAUCAUCACGAGGUUGAUCAAAAGGCUGUAUCCAAAUCCAGAAGCAAUUUCCGAAGAGGAAACCGGUGGUUCAAGCGCUGAAAGUGCUUCCGAAGAUUCAACCUGCAUGGAAUUAGACGAACCAUCGUUAAAAGCGAAGCUGAAUCGUGCGAUCCAGAACAAACUCAACCGACCCAACAUGACGACAAAAGUUACCAGCCUGGAACAAACUAUCCUGCAAGAAGUGUCUUUCUUCAAGGACUACAAGACUGGCGGUGGUGUUGUGAUUUGUGAUGGUGGUGGUAUUUUGCCAAAUGGUGAUGGUGUAGAGGAAUUAGGUGGUGAUGCUAGGGUCAAUCAAGAAAUCCUAGAGUUUCAGGACACACCAGUGCAAGAUCCGCAAAUGGAAACGGUUGUGAUUCCUACCUCUCCACAUUCAGCAAUGGCUCAGAUGGAUAAAAGGGAGCAACAAAUUGUGGCGUGGCUGAUGGAAGAAGGUACGGAGGAAAUAGAGGACCCAGAUAGUAGGAUUGACAAAGCAGAGAGUGACGGAGAUAGUGAUCACAGUGAACAUUGCACUGACACGGAACAGUCAUCAUGCGAAGAUGAAGGUAAAAGGAAAUUGCAGAGUGAUGGGUCCAAAUCUGCUAGAGACCGUGCCAUUGCAGAAUAUUAUACAUUUAAAAAACUGUGCCUAGAGUCAAAAUUAGAAAAUAAAAAACUUUUAUCAGAAAUAGAAAUUUUUAAGAAAUAG